UUCCUCCUCAUCAUCAUUAUCAUCAUCAUCAUCAUCAUCACUUCUCACACACAUAUACACUAUAUACACACAUACAGUAUGAACAAUAAAUACACACAUAUACACUAUAUACAUACACACCUUCACAUAAAUAUACACACAUACACUAUGAACAAUAUAUACACACAUUUACACUAUAUACAUACACACAUACAGUAUGAACAAUAUAUACACAAUAUGCAUACACACACGUACACACAUUUCACAAUAUACACACAUUAACACUUACACAAUACACACACACAUGUAUACACAAUAUAAAUACACACACAUGUACAUGAUACACACAGAUAUAUACUUGCACAAUACACACAUGCACGCAUGUACACACAUAUAUGCAUUGUACACACACACAAUACACACAUGUUCACACAUAUACACAAUAUAAAUACACUCACAUACACACAUACACAAUAUAAAGUUCAAGUAGCAAUGAUUGUCACACACACACACAUACUAGAUGAAGCGUAAUUAUUCUCUGCACUUGACCCGUCGCCCUUGAUCACCCCCUGGGAGGUGAGGGGAGCAGUGAGCAUCUGUGGUGCCGCGCCCGGGAAUCAUAUGUGGUGAUUGAACCCCCAAUUGCAAGCCUUGAUGCUGAGUGCCAAGCAGGGAGGUCAUGGCUCCCAUUUUUAGAGUCUUUGGUAUGACUCAGCCGGGAUUUGAACUCACGACCUACACAUGUACACAAUACACACAUACACAAUAUACAUGUACACAAUACAUAUUCACACACACGUACACAAUAUACAUGUACACAAUACACAUAUACACACACAAUAUACAUGUACACAACACACACAUAUACACAUACACGUACACAUGUACACAAUAUACAUGUACACAAUACACACAUACACAAUAUACAUGUACACAAUACACAUUUACACACACGCACACAUGUACACAAUAUACAUGUACACAAUACACAUAUACACACACAAUAUACAUGUACACAACACACACAUAUACACAUACACGUACACAUGUACACAAUAUACAUGUACACAAUACACACACACACAAUAUACAUGUACACAAUACACAUUUACACACACGUACACAUGUACACAAUACACAUGUACACAAUACACAUAUACACACACAAUAUACAUGUACACAACACACACAUAUACACAUACACGUACACAUGUACACAAUAUACAUGUACACAAUACACAUUUACACACACGUACUAAUGUACACAAUACACAUGUACACAAUACACAUAUACACACACAAUAUACAUGUACACAACACACACAUAUACACAUACACGUACACAUGUACACAAUAUACAUGUACACAAUACACACACACACAAUAUACAUGUACACAAUACACAUUUACACACACGUACACAUGUACACAAUAUACAUGUACACAAUACACACACACAAUAUACAUGUACACAAUACACAUUUACACACACGUACACAUGUACACAAUAUACAUGUACACAAAACACAUACACACACAAUAUACAUGUACACAAUACACAUUUACACACACGUACACAUGUACACAAUAUACAUGUACACAAAACACAUACACACACAAUAUACAUGUACACAACACACACAUAUACACAUACACGUACACUAUGCACACACAAGUUUUUUCCUGGAUCCAACAAGUCAAGUACACAAAAGAGAUGUGUUUUGCAGUUAUGGGCUACCAGUAUUACUAGUGUGACAGAGCGAGGACGAGGCCUGUAUCGCAGUGGUGAGGAUCCACAUGGACCAGGUGUGUUGUUGGAGCCAGACAGUGACAUUGUGUUUGGUCACAUGGGAGGUCGCCCGGGGUCAGCUGACCUCAGUCAUCACACCUCCAGCUCCAACUCACCUGUCAAAUGCAAAGAUGCCUCAGACUGUCAGCACUGGUCAGGUAGUCUGUCCAGCGACGAUGUCCUGGGUCUGAGCCAGUCUCAGCAGACUUUGUCCCGGAGUGCGACGCUGCCAUAUGACCACAGCCCCCAGCAGGCUCAGCCACAGCGCAGGAACAGGAACAGAGCGCGACCCUCGUCUCCCGGGAGUGAGAUGGUGACCUUGGAGGAGUUUCUGCAAGAGAGCAGCGUGACGUCGCCACAAGUGGUGUCACUGGGAAGCAAGGAGGACCUGAUGAAGGAUUACUUCACCAGAAGUCCAGAUCCCACCGGCAGCGACCAUGUCACCCCCACCAGCUACGUCACACCCACCGUGCACACCUCCACCCAGAGACCAGGCCAGAGUGUCAAGCCGUCCCCCCGCCAGCCUGUGGGUCAAUCCCCAGGCUCCAGUGGGCCCGUGACACCCAGAGGCCAGCAGUCUCUGAGCAGGACCUUCAGCCUCGCCUCUGCUGAUCUGCUGCGCUCCAAUGGGCCGGACACCUUCCAAGAGGGAGGAACCCCUAAGCAGCCGGAUCUGGUGAUUCGACGGCAGGGCGGGGCUAGGGGGCGAGAGAGGCCACUGUCCGCCCGCUUGGCCGGGUCAGGCAGCAUCCUGGCCUCGCCCGUCCACCACUCGUCCUCCCUCACCCUGCAGACCGAGAGGGAAGGCGACAGAGGGCGGACCCCUGUGACGCAUAGGGCCCCCCCCUCCACAUGCCACCAUCGCGGCGAGGUUGCCAUGGUAACCCCCGUGAGGGCCGUAUCCGCCUCCCAGCUGGGCGAGGCCUCGGCGCAGGACGACCACCCGAGUGACUCUUUCCAGAGUCCAGACGCUGAGAGGCCAGGAUGUAGCACAGUCCAAGUCCAACGGCCGACAAGCACACCGGCCUCCCCGGAUCCCAACAACGACCCCCAGACCGUGUGGUACGAGUACGGCUGUGUCUGAACGCUGCGCGCACGCUCUCUAAAGGCUAAAGGUCAAUCUCCGGCCUUGCAGUCUUUGGAAUGUGGCAACCAACGGUCGUCUCGAACUGGAAGUCUGACCAAGUCCAAGGCAAUGAAGCCGGAGUUCAGAACACCUUUUUAAAUGCUUCUCUUUCAGGUCCACAGCGGAAGGAGAUCAUGUAACCUGGAAAACAGUCCUAGGCCACAUUGACUGUCUAGACACGAAGCAUCCACCAAAGGACUUCCAGUAGAGGAUAGUUUUACUUGCGACACCAAUGGUGCCUUCACACUUGUCAACCUGCUAAAACUGACUCUUUGCUACUACGCUUCCUUUAGUCAAGUGUAAAGCACCGGACCAAACUAGCAGACCAAGACUGCUUGAGUGACGGGUGUAGGUGUAGGUGUAGUCUUGGACCAUAAACCGCAGAACGCAAACCACACCAGAACCACUGAAUUGAUGUUGGGGAAGUUGUCCCAGAUUCUUUCUUAUUGCAGAACAUGGUCUUAAACUAAAGAAGCCUGUAAAAUGUGGCCAUCAAAAGUCAAGUUCUAGGACGGUAAAUCCAGUAAUCCAGAAGACAAGGUGUGCUUUGCGUGCUCCAAUGGUCAUACUGACCUCUGCUGACUAUUGUUCAGCUGUGGCCUCACGCACUCUUGGACAUCUUUGGUCUGGAUCAGAGUUAGGGACUAUGAGCGUGAAUUAUACGUCGAGAUUCCAAAGACCUAAUUCAAGGGGAACUAUCAGAAGAACUGCAGAGAGUGCAAAGGGGGAGAGGCGUUGAGGUGGCUGGGUGCAGGGCGGCAGAACAAAUACCUGGAACGGAGAGAAACUGAAGGAUGAGUUAGAUAAACAGUGGAGACAGGAAGCCUUUGUCUCAGUUCAACAACAGACCGCCUUCGCUUUUUGUCUCAGCGUUCGACACUGACAUUUAGCCCAAAAAGAAAGACGCCUUUUUUUCACUGAAGCCAUAUUUCAACCUAGGAGUGAACUCCAAGCAGAGCCCUCUUAGAUGUCUGACAGCACGCCUUCACCCCCACCUGGGUUCUAGGGUCUAGGGUAAUGUCCACAAUCGGGGGUGCGGGAAUGCAGAACAUACAACUUAGUAGAUCUGUGAAAGGUCUUUAAUCUUUUGUUUUUUAAAUGAAAGCCAAGAAAGUGUAGACCGCUGAAAGGAAAGUGCAAUAGUCUGUUAUUUUAUUUCCUGAAAUGAGAGUUCCGUAUUGCCUGAUGGUUCCAGCGUGCAGUCCUAGACUCCUUCACACUGCAGCUCACAUACCCUUCUUUUGGACGUAUGCCGCCUGUAUCACACUUGUCCAGGUCCGCCUUCACACUUGUCCAAGUCCGUGUUCACACUUGUCCAAGUCCGCGUUCACACUUGUCCAAGUCCGCGUUCACACUUGUCCAGGUCUGUCUUCACACUUGUCCAGGUCCACGUUCACACUUGUCCAGGUCCGCGUUUACACUUGUCCAAGUCAGCGUCCGCGUUCACACUUGUCCAGGUCCGCGUUUACACUUGUCCGCGUCCGCGUCCGCGUUCACCCUUGUCCAGGUCCGUCUUCACACUUGUCCAGGUCCACGUUCACACUUGUCCAGGUCCGCGUUUACACUUGUCCGCGUCCGCGUUCACACUUGUCCAGGUCCGUCUUCACACUUGUCCAGGUCCACGUUCACACUUGUCCAGGUCCGCGUUCACACUUGUCCAGGUCCGCGUUUACACUUGUCCGCGUCCGCGUCCGCGUUCACCCUUGUCCAGGUCCGUCUUCACACUUGUCCAGGUCCACGUUCACACUUGUCCAGGUCCGCGUUUACACUUGUCCGCGUCCGCGUUCACACUUGUCCAGGUCCGUCUUCACACUUGUCCAGGUCCACGUUCACACUUGUCCAGGUCCGCGUUUACACUUGUCCAAGUCCGUCUUCACACUUGUCCAGGUCCGCGUUCACACUUGUCCGGGUCCGCGUUCACACUUGUCCAGGUCCGCGUUCACACUUGUCCAGGUCCACGUUCACACUUGUCCAGGUCCGUCUUCACACUUGUCCAAGUCCGUCUUCACACUUGUCCAGGUCCGUCUUCACACUUGUCCAGGUCCGCGUUCACACUUGUCCAGGUUCGCGUUCACACUUGUCCAGGUCCGUGUUCACACUUGUCCAGGUCCGCGUUCACACUUGUCCAGGUCCACGUUCACACUUGUCCAGGUCCGUCUUCACACUUGUCCAAGUCCGUCUUCACACUUGUCCAGGUCCGCGUUCACACUUGUCCAGGUCCGCGUUCACACUUGUCCAGGUCCGCGUUCACACUUGUCCAAGUCCAUCUUCACACUUGUCCAGGUCCGCAUGGACUGUGCCAGUCCCAAUUAUUUGAUAUCCCAUCGGCCUUUGUGUCUUCUUUGGGAUGUGCAAAUAAACGGUAGAUGAUGUGAACGCUGCCGGGCUCAGAGUGCGUCCAUCCGACAUGAUUAUUCGCCAAAAUAGAUGGUUAAAAAACAAAUAGUUGACAACCGGGCAGAAAAACAGGUGAAAAGAAAAGGUUGUAGGAAGUUAGGUGAAAAGAAAAGGUUGUAGGAAGUUAGGUGAAAAGAAAAGGUUGUAGGAAGUUAGGUGAAAAGAAAAGGUUUUGGAAGUGGGACACACCUGUCUGUGACUUGUGGCCCACAGACACGCUGUUCAAGCACACAUCUCAGAACUAUAUCUGGUAAAAGUUGUUCAUCUCCUGCACACAAAAGUUGUGUGAAGAAAAAGUGGACUUUGACGGCAGCAAAGGUGGAAGUUGUGUUUUCUUGCCUCAACAUGCAGCUCACAUUGCCUUCAUGUUGAUAAUCUUUCUUUUUUAGUCUUCAUCUGAUGUAAGGGGGGAGGUUUAUUUGAAAAAGUGUCUUGCUUCAGCAGCACAGUACUGGUGUGUAGUUGUAGGAGAUGUCUCCAAACCUCAUCAGGAGUCUCAGCAACACCCGAAGAUGGCAGAAAAUGUAUAUUUUUCAAAAACUUUCUUUGGCUAAAAUGUCGUAAGGGGGGACCUUUACACAAAAAUUCGAAAAACUGUUUUGCUUCUACUAAAAAUAUCGGAUUUAACAAAACCAAAAAAUCUGAAUUGUUGUGAAAGUAGCCCUACUUCCCGUCUCUGCUGGACAACACACCCCUUUCAACUUACCUGAAGGCCAGGUGUUGAAAAUGAGGAGAGUUUACCAAUGAAAUGCUCUGGCUUGUCCUCGGCACCAUUGCCAGCCAGGACUGACUCUGACCAAGUUCUAGUCCCUCACUUUUAUUGUGUACACACAAAAAAUGCACAUUUUCUCUUCUUGUGUGUUGUUGACAAAUGCUGAAUUUGGAGUUGUUAGAAAAUAUUCAUCCUGAUUGGACUUUUACAAAACAAAGUGCCAAAUGAUAGACAAUAAGUGGAUAAUAUUGCAAUGGUUGUUCCAGGAACUGAAUCAUCAAUUUGCAACACUCGGGAGCGAAAUAUGCUGGUUUCAGUGUCUACCGCACGCCAUACCAAUAGAGUCAAGGACGAAUAUAUGAAGCACUACUUUCCUAUUCCUAUUAUUUUGCAGUCUAUAGAGAAAUGAUAGACAAUAAGCCACACCCACUAACUUUUAGAAGAAAACAAUAUAUUUCCAUUUAUUAGCCACACCGGACUACAAGUCGCAGAUAUACAUGUUGUGAAAUGACUUAUUUACACAAAUAUUUUGUAAAUGUUCAUUCACACACCGUAAUUGUUUCCAAACGCUGUCUGUAACCGGGCAGUAAAACGGCUGACCAAACAAAACAGAAGUCAUGGUCAAGGACCCAUGAACUGAACAAGCUAGCUCUCCAAUCAGCUAAAAAGACUCAACAACUCCACGCUGACGUUUUGGUGAGUUCAUGAAAGUGAAACAACACAAAAAGAAUGCCAUUGUAGGUUGAUAAUACCCACAAAGAUGUUAGCAUAUUAGCUAAUGUUAACAACGCUAGCUCGAUGACAUGACAAUAGCAGGUAGAAAUAUGCAUGAAAACACUCCUACACUUUACUGUAGACUAUGAAUUGUUGUAGUUACAUUGUCAAACUUACAAACGUUGCUUGGAGCCAUGACUGAAGAAUCCGUACGAGUAGGUACGCUAUGGACGGGUAGAAGACUGAACCAUACUUUCGCUUGAAAGCACUCGGGCAAUGCAGCACUGCGGUACCUGCAGUGAGCAAACUCGUCCAAAGGAUGGCGCAAUAGCACAAACAAUAACACAUCUAUUCAGUGUAUUUGCUUGUUUGUUUGGUUUUUUUGAAGGCUUUGCAUUAAGACUGUCAGUCAAGGAAAUCCAUGAACUAGCCGCAUCAUUUUAUAAGCCGCAGGGUUCAAAGUGGAGGAAAAAGGUAGAAGCUAACAGUUCGUAAUUUACAAUAACCACACUGACAUGAUUUUUUUAUUUAAUUAUUUUUAGAUGCACAUUUUCUCUGCUUGGGUGUUGUUGACAAAUGCUGAAUUUGGAGUUGUUAGAAAAUAUUCAUCCUGAUUGGACUUUUAUAAAACAAAGUACCAAAUGGAAGACAAUAGGUGGACAACAUCUCAGGAACUGAAUCAUGGAUGUGCGACACUGAGGAGCCAAAUAUGCUGGUUCAGGGUACUGAAGGAAGUACUUGGACUGACAUAGAAAUACUUGAGUAGAAGAAUGAAGGACACAA